GCUCCAGGUAGCUGUGGACGGAGCAGGAACCUGCAGCCAUUACUCUGCUAUGAAGCUGCGCGAGCGUUUAGAUUUCUAACGCAAUCAAAAGCCACAUACCUGUAGUUGCUCAGCACACCUCUGCGCUUAGGUGUCUAGUCUAGGUGUGGGUGGCAUUCUGUAUCUUUCCAGGGUGCGUUUGUACUUUCUUUUAGUUCACUUUUCUUGUGAUUAGGGUAGUUUCUUGGUAUUUAUUGUAAAAUGACGGCACAGGUAGACUACCUGGUUUUGUUUUUCACGACCACAUCUGGCGCGAGCGGGGACCUGUUGGGAUCUGAUGAGAAGGAGAUCGUACAGCUGGUCUGGCAACUGGUGGAUCUCAAGAACCAAAAGUUGGGGAAGUUAAAUGAGGUGUUCAUAAACCCAGAGCUGUCGGAGCGGACAGCUGAGAGCGAGCCAGCGGAUGAAGCAUCUCUGGCCUGCCCCUCAGCAACCAACCUCGACAACGCUUUAAGACAGUUUCAUCUCAGAUUGACGAACGAAGUGAACAGCUCAGGCACGGGCACGUCGCUGUGUUUGUGUACCGACGGGCCGCUUCCCAUUCGCCAAGUCAUCCACCCCGAGGCUGCUGGCAAGAACCUUGUGCUUCCAGAGUGCUUCUUCUCUUUCUUCGACCUGCGGAAAGAAUUCAGGAAGCACUUCCCCUCGUCUGACGGGAAAGGCCUGGAUGUGCAGCUCAUGGCUGACUCUCUAGGUGUGAGUGUGGAGCCAGACGUGGACUCCAACGCUAUGCCGGCACAGCAGGUCCACAGCAUGGCCCUGCCGGCACAGCAGGUCCACAGCAUGGCCCUGCCGGCACAGCAGGUCCACAGCAUGGCCCUGCCGGCACAGCCGGUCCACAGCAUGGCCCUGCCGGCACAGCAGGUCCACAGCAUGGCCAUGGUGGUCCUCGCCCUGCUCUCAGAGCCCCUGUGUCACAAGUUCUGUAACCCAGAGAGGGUCAAUGACAAGUUUGAAACCGGCACUUGCAGUAAGAUGGAGCGUGUGUGUGAUAACACAGUGAUCAGGGCCAGGGGGUUACCAUGGCAAUCAUCUGACCAGGACAUCGCUCGCUUCUUCAGGGGCUUGAACAUGGCCAGAGGGGGCGCUGCUCUGUGUCUGAACGCACAGGGCCGGAGGAACGGAGAGGCUCUGGUGCGCUUCGUCAGCGAGGAGCACAGAGACCUGGCUCUGCAGAGACACAAACACCACAUGGGCAACAGAUACAUAGAGGUGUACAAAGCAACAGGCGAGGACUUCUUGAAAAUAGCCGGAGGUACCUCUAACGAGGCAGCAGUGUUCCUGUCUCGGGAGGCCCAGGUCAUCAUCAGGAUGCGAGGUCUCCCCUUCAGCGCCUCCCAUGAGCAGGUGUUGGCCUUCUUCUCCCAGGGCGGGGGUCCGGGGGAGGGCGAGGGUCCCGGGGAGGGCGAGGGUCCCGGGGAGGGCGAGGGUCCCGGGGAGGCGUGUGAGGUCAGCGGGGGGAGGGAGGGCAUCCUGUUUGUACGUUUCCCAGACGGACGCCCCACCGGCGACGCAUUCGUCCUGUUCUCCUGCGAGGAGCAUGCCCAGCGUGCCCUGAGGAAACACAAGGACAUCCUGGGGAAGAGAUACAUUGAACUGUUCAAGAGUACAGCUGCAGAGGUUCAGCAGGUGUUAAACAGGUACUCCUCUGCGCCCCUGAUCCCUGUUGCCCCUGCCCCUCUGGUGUCGAUGCUGCCCGCAGUGUCUCUCCUGCCCCCGCCUGGGGGGAUGAGGGACUGCGUGCGGCUGAGAGGGCUGCCCUACACCGCCAGCAUAGAGGACAUCCUCACAUUCCUGGGGGAGUUCACCCAGGACAUCAGACCUCAAGGAGUCCACAUGGUGCUCAACCAGCAGGGUCGUCCUUCUGGGGAUUGUUUCAUCCAGAUGGCGUCGGCAGAGCGUGCCUUCUGCGCCUCCCAGCGGCUCCACAAGCAGGUGAUGUGUGGUCCCGCGGGGCGUGGAGGAGCCUCCAGCCGCUACGUGGAGGUGUUCUCCUGCAGCGCCGAGGAGAUGGGCCUGGUGCUGAUGGGAGGCAGCCUGUCUCACACACACACACACACACGCAGCCGGACUGGGACAGGGCUCAGCCCACCGCCAUGUAAGUCCAGACGCUUGUCUCCUCCUACGUACGGCUUCACGCCAGCCCCGCCCAUCCUCUCAGCAGAGGCCUCUGCCCUCUACCCUCCCAUUGGUCAGAUGCUCCUGGGUCCCCGCCCCCUGCCCCCUGGACACGCCUACUACCCCGCCUCAGCACAGCUCUACAUGAACUACACUGCAUACUACCCCAGCCCCCCAGGCUCCCCCACCACGCUGGGGUUCUUCCCCCCACAGCUGUCUUCUCCGGGGGCCCUGGUACGCAUGCCCAGCCUGGCCUACAGCAGCGGCGUCAAGGACUUGAUCAGCGCUGUACAGGGAUACCAGUACGCUACUGAGGAGGGCCUUGUGCACGCUCACGUGCACGCUCACGACCCGGCACGGACUUUGCUAACACCCAAAGAGUGGGUGUGUAUAUAAGGGUUCCGAGGAAGGUGAAGAGCCUGGUGGAGUGUGUUCCUCUACGCGGGGGGGGUGUGCUCGCUCAGUCAGGCAGCGGUGACACUCUGCUGCCGCCUCUGGUGAAGCCGGCCGGCCGUGUCCCCUCUCGGCUGUGACCAGCUGCAGGACUACCACACCCAGCAACUCCUCAUGGAUUUUAGGCCAAAUCUAGAUUACAAAAAAUAUUUAGUUGUUAUUUAUAUGCUUGAAAAAAAAUGUAUUUUGUAUCAAAUGUAUGUGGCCCUAGCCAAAUAGCAGCUUUAUCUAUAUAUUGCACAGUGUGUAUUUUAAAAGCUUUGUAGAAAUGUUGUAUUAUAGUCACUAUAAUAUACAGUCACCACUAUACAGUCAGUCAAACAUUCGACAAGUAUGUAUUGAUCUAAAGUUUAGGUUUAGAUUCUAAACCUUCUAUCUUUGUGUGACUGUGAGAGAGAAACAGAGUGAAAGAGGGAGAGAGUGUGUCAGAGAAAGAGAGGGAGAGAGAGUGAUUGAGAGAGAGAGUGUCAGAGAGAGAGUGAGUGUGUCAGAGGGAGAGAGAGUGAGUGAGAGAGAAUGUCGCAGGCUAUCGUGCAUAUUUUAUAUCUUUUUACUGUUCAUCCUUCAAUUUUGUUUAUGUUAUACUUUUACCGGUUUAUGUUACAUUACACUGUUAUAUAUAUAAGAAGAUUGUAUUGAAAGCUUCUGUGCAUGAAGAACUUAGUAGUGCGCCUUUCAUAUGUUUACAGACAUGCCAAAUACAGAUGCACUGCUAACCAGCCAGAUUACCAACCUAGCCUCAAGUGCCUGUCUUACAAAAUAUAUGUAGCACUGUAGGGGUUGUUUAGCCAGUCAAAUGCCUAACUGAACAUACAGUCAUUAUACAUACAAGGAUUUCUAUCCUGUACUCGUACCAAACCCCACCCCUGUCUGAUGCCUGGGACAAACCACUGCGUUAGUGUGAUGCCCCUGUGACCCUGGGAGCACCAGCUCCUGGCCAGGGGCUCAGAUCACCUGCUGGGGUCUCACUAGUCUGGAGGGGCCUGUUCUCUCUACCCUAACCCUCCCCACGCCAGAGGACAGGGUGUUCAGCUGGGGGGAAGAAGAGAGGAGGGCUGAGACUUACCCAGGUUCUGACAGAGUUUCAGGCUGUCUGCAGUGGUGACUUACCCAGGUUCUGACAGAGUUUCAGGCUGUGCUGGAGAUGAUGUGUUACUGGAACCUGCUGUGACCAAUAAAGAACAUGUGAAG